UGGGUGCAGGGCAGGGAGCGGGCCGUGUUGGGCCCGAGGUAGUUAUGGCCCCCGGGGGACAUUGAGGCGAAGGACGGUCCCCAUGGUGACAAGACUUAUGGUCCUGGAAAAGUAAUGAAAGGAUGAAAUGGGAGGUAAUAAGAGAGCAGAAGCUGAGCAGAUGGAUUCCUAGCUGUGGUGUUCCAGCCAGGGUCUGAAUAUGGCAACCAAGGAUUGUGUCUCCUCUGAAGAGGGCGCCUCAUUAGAAUUACCCCUUCCAGGACCGAGUGACUCUGAUGAGCUGAGCAAAUCCUACCCUUGGACCAAUAAGAGUAGAAAAAGUGGGCUUUCCAGACUCUGCCGGAGUAAAGCUUCUUUGUCUGAGGAUGGAUGGACUUCCUAUUGCUUAUCUUCACUGGCUGCUCACAACAUUUGUUCUGGCAAUCGUGGUAACCCUUGGUCUCAUUUGGAACUUGCCUCCUUAUCCUGUUCAGUCGGUAGUACCUCUUCUUGUUCCUUCUUGAAUGUCCUCAGUGUAGAGGAAUCCCUCCAGUCGCUCCCAGCUGCUGUGUGCAACCCAAAUAAAGCCAUCUUCACUGUGGAUGUCAGGACAACAGAGAUUCUCGUUGCCAAUGACAAAGCCUGCAAGCUCCUUGGGUACAGUAGUCACGAGCUGAUUGGCCAGAAGCUGUCCCAGUUGAUAUCAAAAUCUACUCCGGGUAUAGUGGAGACCCUAGGGGAGGAACAUGUGGAGGCUGAUGGAUAUGCAGCUGUGGUUUCUGGAACAGUGGUGGAUGUUAUAGGACAUAGCAAUGAGAAGAUCCCUGUCUCAGUCUGGGUGAGGAGAAUGAGAAGCAAGGACAACCGAUGCUGUGUGGUUGUGCUGGAACCAGUGGAAAGACUCUCUGCCUCUGUUUCCUUCAGAAGUGAUGGAGAGAUUACAUCGUGUGACCUUCUUUUUGCACAUCUCCAUGGUUACACAUCAUUGGAAGAAGUAGUUGGGCACUACAUAACAGACCUGAUUCCUUCGCUGCAGAUCCCUCCUCCUGGCAAGAAAAUUCCAAAGAAUCUCAAGAUCCAGAGAUCUGUAGGUCGAGCCAGGGAGGGCACAACAUUUCCUCUCAGUUUAAAGCUGAGGGCUAGCCUUCCUGAUGAGGACCAAGUCCCAGUGGUUGAGGAUGGACUCCUACAGGAGUGCAAGACAGGAUCUUCCACAGACUAUUCUUACUCUGCCACUGUCUGGGUUUUCACUGCCAUCAGUGGGCUUAUCACACUCCAACAAGAUGGGACCAUCUAUGGCAUCAACAACAGUUUUGCUUUAAUGCUGUUUGGCUAUGAGAGAAAGGAGCUGCUGGGAAAGAACAUCACCUUCCUGAUUCCUGGUUUCUGUAACCACAUGGAUAGAAUUGAUGAAUCCUCCUUGCCAUUUCCCCCUCUUGAUGAUUGCAUGGAGACAGAAAAUGGACGAACCUCUGGAGAUAUUAAAAGAGCCCAGCGGGGAGACUGUUGUAUAGCAGAUAGUAGUGAAGAUGCCAGCCUCUUGCUUGCUGGAGAUGCAGUCCUCCUGCUACAUGAUAAGCAGAAACUAGCAAGGAGCCAGGCAGAAGAGAUUUUCACUAGUGCAGAGACCUGGCUGAACAGUGGGAGCAGUUUGCCAUCUACUCUCUCAUCACCUGCAGUGAUAUCCACACAUUUAAAUGGUGUGGACUGUAUUGCUACUGGUGGCCUGCCAGCCACAGAUGAACAGCCAUUGCCUGAGAGCCAGCAUGAUGGAGUCUUCACGGUGAUGGAAACUGCAGAAACUAAUAACUCACCCCAGAGGCUCUCUGCAGCAGACUCUCCCAAACUAUCUGAUUCAAAACAAUCAGUUUUCGGUCAGGAUACAGAAGUCCCAAUGAGAGACCGUGAUGGUCCAGUACCAUCUGAGACUCAGCAGGUGAACGUUGAUGUGACCGGUAGCUUUUCUGACCUGCUGCAGGAAGAACAUCAAGUCCUUGUGGAUUUAGAUAGCCAACUGAGCUCUAGGUUACCAUAUGAAACCAUGAAGUGUCAAUCUUCCUCUGAACCUCAGGGAAAGGCUACUUUACUACUGGACCCUCAGAUGCCUGUUCCCUGCAGAUUAGAAGAAACUGAGACCAGUGAUUUGAAUAGAUCUUUGUGUGACGCUACCUGUCUCUCAUUUGGGACACCAACACUAGAUGAACCGUGGCUUGGGGCAACAUCUUACUGCAGACAAGAUGUGCAAGCCCAUGUGAUUACAGAGCAGUUUGCAAAUACAAAGUCGAUGAGUGGGACAAGAAACUCCAGCUUUGAGCAGAUGACAACAGAAAACUCCAAACUGACUGAUUGUUCAUCCUUCCUUCCUGUUGGAAGGAGUAAUAUCCAAGAUGUUUGUUCAGGAAGUCUACUAGCUUGUGAUGCCUCUGCUUUGGCGGCUGCCAUUAAUUUCAAAGAAAUCCAAGAACCGGGCACUAAGGUAAAUUGCAUUUGCGAAGGCCUUAAGGAACUGGACCUGAACAUUGGUGCAGAGCUGACUUCAGCCAAUUGUUCAGAUGCUACUUCAGAUCUUCUAAGGACACACUUGCCUGAUGUGGUGGAUUGUGACUUAGAUACGGACAGCCCCUUGGCCCAGAAGACUAAUUCCUCUACAAUUGAACAGGAAGAGCUCCUGUUGAAUAGCACUUCCCCAAAGGGUGGCCAGGGGUGGUUGAACUUCAUCAGACAUUUGGAAAAUAUUCAAGAGGAUUCCUCCAGAACAUCUCCUUCAGUGCCUAAAAGUGCUGCCGAGAACAUGGGGGAUCAUCUGAACGGAAGCCCUCUGAACAAUGAUGUGAAUCCCCAAGAAGACUUUCUGCUGUUCAAGCAGCAGAACUUGAAAAUGCAAGUAAUAUCCACUCCUAUGAAACCAGAAGCUACAUCUCCGUCAGUUCCUUUGCUUGUAUCCAAGAUCCUGGAAGGCAGCUACGCUGGGAACUGCUAUCACAGAGAUGGUUCACGACUAAGUAUACUUUUUGAAGUGAAGCGUGUAGAAUUGCAGGAACCUGCAGCUCUCUUCUGUGUCUGGGUGGUGAGAGACCUCCUUCAGAGCCAGAAAGAAGCAGCAGCAAGGACUCAGCUUCUGCUCUCCAGUCUAGCCAGUUCUUCCCAGUCUAUAGCGGAUCUCUCCACACUCAGCCUGGGGGAAGUGAUCAGGACAAUGCCAUUGUUUGAAAAUUCCCAAAGAGUUGAAGAUCUGGAAAGAUUGAGGGCAUGUGAGGGAGAAUAUGCAAAGAAAUAUGACACUGUCAAUCUCAUUGGCAAAGGAGCUUUUGGCUUUGUCUGGACUGCCAGAUGCAAGAAAGAUAAUAAGGAGGUUGUAGUAAAGUUCAUUUGGAAGGAGAAGGUGCUGGAAGACUGCUGGGUAGAGGAUCCUGAGCUGGGGAAAGUUACUCAGGAGAUUGCAAUCCUGCUAAAGCUGCAGCACCCCAGUAUUAUUAAGGUGCUGGAUGUAUUUGAAAAUGGACGUUUUUUCCAAUUAGUGAUGGAGAAGCAUGGAUCGGGUCUAGAUCUUUUCACAUUCAUUGAUAAUCAGCCUGACUUGGAUGAGCCCUUGGCAAGCUAUAUAUUCAGACAGCUAGUGUCAGCAGUGGGAUAUCUCCACUGCAGAAAUAUCCUCCAUAGAGACAUCAAGGAUGAGAACAUCAUCAUUGCUGAAGAUUUCUCAAUCAAACUGGUGGACUUUGGCUCAGCUGCUUACUUGGAACCUGGCAAGCUGUUCUACACCUUCUGUGGGACAAUUGAGUACUGCUCACCAGAAGUCCUCUUGGGCAAUCCGUACCAAGGACCAGAGCUGGAGAUGUGGUCGCUUGGCAUCACCCUUUAUACCCUACUAUUUGGAGAGAAUCCCUUCUGUGAAUUAGAGGAGACCAUGGAGGCUGUACUAAAUCCUCCUUACAGGGUGUCAGAAGAUCUGAUGGCUCUGGUGUCUGGGCUCCUGCAUGCAGCUCCAGAGCAGCGUACAACCCUGGAAAAGCUAGUAGAGAAUCCUUGGGUGCUGCAGCCUGUGAACUUGGCUAAUUACACGUGGGAAGAGGUGUAUGUCUCGGCCAGGCCAGAAAGCAAUAAUUUCAGAAAUCACUGUAUUGAGCACAGCCACAGAGCCAGCCAGCCAGCUCCUUGCUUGCAGAGUGAGCAGAGACUGAUCCAUGAUGCCUAUGACCGUGAGCUCACAGAUCCCCAGUUGAAAGGAACAGCCACUGCUUAG